AUGAAAGAAGAUUACGAGAUUGAAGAGAAAAAGCAAGCUGCUGCUGAUGUCAUGUUUCAGUAUUCAAAAUUUGUGAUGGCAUGUAUAGGGAAUCAAGUUCGACCUGCUGACAUGAGGUUGCAUUUAAUGAAGGAGAUCUCAGGAUUGCCAACUUCUCUGAAGCGAGAAUCAUCACAUGUAGCAGCUUCACCUGAUGCUAUGGGUGAAUCAUCAAGUUCAGGUACUGCUAGACUUGAUAAAGCAGACAGUUUUCGGGCAUUAUAG